AUGGAUUCCGGCGAUGCAGAUAUCACUACAUACCAGCCCGUUGGUAAUGUUCAUGUGUCCCUAAAUUCUGGAAGGAGGACAUUUAUACCAGAUGUCGAUGAUUCGAUUAAACCUCAGAUGCAUAUGACGUUUGAUUCGCUCGAAAAUGCCUUUCUUUUUUACCAAAGAUAUGCUAAGGUGGGAGGUUUCACAGCUAGGAAGGGUACUCAAUACGAGCCUCGAAAGGGUGUCUUACAUAAUAAAUGGUUCCUAUGCUCAAAAGAGGGUACUAAACCCUUAAAGGCGAUUGACUCGACUCAGGAAGUUGGUAGUUCUAAUGAUAACUCGAAGUCUAAGAUUACUCGCAGGGUUCCUUCUAUAAGGACCAGAUGUGAAGCGUGCAUUCGGGUUAAGUUAACCCCGGAUAAUCUUUACGAGGUUUAUUACUUCGAGGAGUCGCAUAAUCACUCAUUUGUUGCUGAAGAUGACAGGUACCUGCUUCCUGAAAACAGAGGAAUCAAUUACGUACAGGAAGAAGCCGUAAAUGCUUUGAGUGCCAUAAACGUUGGUCCAGUUAGAGCGUUUAACAUUAUGAGGACUCUUUAUGGAGGUUUUAACAAGGUAGGUGCCACGAAAGUUGACUUCAAAAACUUCAAGAGAGACUUAAAUAGGUAUAUAGCUGAGUACGAUGCUGACAUGGUUAUUAAACGACUAAGAAGGAAGAAAGAAUUUAUGCCCAAUUUCUCUAUGGAAUACCUAACAACUGACGAUGGCAUUUUACGUGCGUUGUUCUGGGCCGAUGGAGAUACAAAGAGAAAUUUUCAUACGUUUGGGGAUGUUGUGUCCUUUGAUGCUACUUAUCGUCGUAACAAGUUUGUAUCCUAA